AUGGGGGCAAAAUCAAAUCGGAUGAACAAGAAUUUGUGUGACGAAUGUAAACAAAUUACUCAGGAACAUGUGAGAAUUAAGCUGCUCCAUGGAACACUCCCAUCUUGCCCACGAAAUGGCUGCACUUCCAAGCUAACUGUAGAGGGUUCCAAGGUAUUCCUAUCACCUCAACUAUUAGAGAUCAUGGCACAGCGUAUCAGUGAAGAGCAAAUCCCUCCAACCCAAAAGAUUUACUGCCCUUAUCCCAAGUGUUCAGCCUUGAUGUCCUUGAGUGAGCUGAUGAAGCCAAUGCAAGGAACUUGCUCAAAGUACACUGUUGCUGAUGUUGUCACCUUGAGGAAGUGUGUGAAAUGCAGAGGCUCUUUUUGCUUCAGAUGUAAGGUCCCCUGGCAUGAUAGGAUGACUUGCAAUGAUUACAAGAGAAGGUACCCGCAUGGCCGUCCAGAAGAUGCCAAGUUACUGAACCUUGCACAACAGCGGCUGUGGCGGUGCGGCUAUGAAUUCUGCUACACAUGUGGGUGUGAAUGGAAGGAGAAGAAAGCAACUUGCACCUGCCCACUGUGGGAGGAAUGCAAUAUCAUCAGGUAUGAUAAUGAGGACGACGACGAGGAGGAGGACGAGGAUUACUACGAUGAAGAAGAUGCUUACUAUGGACGAGGCCCUCUGGUUCACCUUCCUUUUCAUCGAAGGGCUGUUCACUAG